AUGGCGCAGCCACCCCAAAUGGCUAGCCACGCCUUGGGUGCUGUGACGGAUUCAGAGACAGCAUCUACGCCGCCAGCCGAGAACCUACAUGUCGACGAGGUAGUUCAGGAAGGGCAGCGGGUUGGCGUCGUGAAAGACGUCAACAACAACAUCGCCUACCCGUCAUACGUGCCGCCUGAGAUUGAAUCGCCACCAGAUGCCCGAUCGCCGCAGUCAGCGACCUCCGAAAACCUGCCCGAAACUUCGCCUCGCGAAAACGCUCAGCCCAGGAAAACAACAUCCGACCCGGAGGCUCUUGAAAAGCCGAACCAAACCGCCCCUGUAAAUCGCCGCGAUCGCCCGUCGAUUGAUAAGAAAUGGAGAACGGAGGUCCCUAGCCGUAAGGCUGGUCCGAGAAACGCGACGCUCCCCGCGGUCCCAAAACGAGCAGGGACUUCGUAUCUCAACAGAGCAAUUUGGCACGCAAAUUCCCAAGAUGAUUCAUCAGAUUCAAGCGAUUCUUCAGAAUCUGAAGAUGAGUCGAGGACGCCUGCCGAGCAAGAAGCCGCUCACGAAAGAACCAAAGCACGGCGCCGGCAAGAAAUCGAGGAUCGUUACCGCCGGUUUCGUAUCGGUAACGAAAACUACAAUACCAAAGGAAAAGUCAAGAGGGACGGCCGUCUGAGAAUCUCUGUCAAAGAAACGGCAAACACCGGAUACUUGGCCAAGGCUCUAGGACAAGCCGUCAAGAAGGUUGUGCCGAUUCACGAAGAUCAGGAAGGAAGCGAAGAUGCCCAGAGACCCAGCCCUUCUCGUCUAUCCUCGGCCACGACGGCUACGGCUGAACGUGAACCUAAGCCGAAACUGAACAUCGUAAUCAUGGUCAUUGGUUCGCGUGGCGACGCCCAGCCAUUUCUGAAGAUUGGUAAGAUAUUAAAGGAGGAUUACGGACACCGUGUACGCAUUGCGACUCACCCAGCCUUCCGCGACUUUGUCGAGAAGGACUCUGGCCUCGAGUUCUUCUCCGUAGGCGGCGAUCCUUCAGAAUUGAUGGCCUUUAUGGUGAAGAACCCGGGAAUGAUCCCUACUCUUGAUGCAGUCAAAGCAGGGGAUAUCGGGCGACGAAGGUCAGCCAUGGCCGAGAUGUUUGAGGGGUUCUGGAGAGCUUGCAUUAACGCCACCGAUGAUGAGAAGGAUAUACAUAACCUCAAGAUGAUGGGAGCGAAGGAUCCUUUCAUUGCCGACGCCAUCAUCGCCAACCCCCCUAGCUUCGCCCACAUUCAUUGUGCCGAGGCCCUUGGUAUUCCAUUACAUCUCAUGUUCACCUUCCCAUACACGCCGACCCAAGCAUUCCCUCACCCGUUAGCGAGUAUCAAGAAAUCGAACGUGGACCCGGGAUACACCAAUUUCAUCUCCUAUCCCUUGGUCGAAAUGAUGGUUUGGCAGGGCUUGGGUGAUUUGGUCAAUGACUUCCGAGUAAAAACACUCGGGUUGGAUCCCGUUUCGACGCUUUGGGCCCCCGGUGCAACUUACCGACUUCACGUCCCCUUUACCUAUCUCUGGAGCCCCGGCCUCGUCCCUAAACCCCAUGAUUGGGGUGACGAGAUUGAUGUCUCCGGCUUUGUAUUUCUUGACUUGGCAUCGUCUUUUGAACCGCCCAGUGAUUUGGAAAAGUUCCUCGCAGCUGGCGAGGAGCCUGUUUACAUUGGUUUCGGCUCAAUUGUUGUCGACGAUGCCGAUCGCUUUACUCAAAUGAUAUUCGACGCAGUAAAAAUGGCAGGUGUACGAGCAUUGGUAUCUAAGGGAUGGGGAGGCCUGGGAGGAGAUGAGAUGGAAGUUCCGGACAACAUCUUCAUGCUGGAGAAUACUCCUCACGACUGGCUUUUCCCUCGCGUCAAAGCAUGCGUUAUCCACGGUGGUGCUGGAACCACAGCGAUUGCUUUGAAAUGCGGCAAGCCCACUAUGAUUGUGCCCUUCUUCGGCGAUCAGCAUUUCUGGGGAAGUAUCCUGUCAAACUGCGCAGCUGGCCCUGAGGCUGUGCCAUACAAGAAUCUCACUGCCGAAAAGCUUGCCGAGGGCAUCAAAUACUGCCUUACGGAGGAAGCACAGAAAGGCGCUGCCAAGGUUGCGAAGGAUAUUGAGCUGGAAGGCGACGGCGCAAAGAAUGCGGUUCGUUCAUUUCACCACCAUAUCAACUUGCAGGGCAUCAACUCUAUGCGUUGCUCUAUCUUGAGAGACCGUGCUGCAGUCUGGACUCUGAAGAAGAGUAAUAUCAAGCUGAGCGCUCUGGCCGCCGACAUCAUCGUUGAGGAGGGUCAACUUCAGUGGAAGAGACUCAAGCUGUUACGUCACAUGGAAUGGAACGAUUUCGAGGGUCCAGGAGAGCCUGUCACAGGCGUUGCCGGUUCGAUUGCUGGAACCGUGGGUAACGUAUUUGGAGGAGUCGGCAGUGUUCCAUACAAACUGGCCAAAAAGUCACACAAACGAAAGGAGAAGAAGGAGAAGAAGAGGAAGCUCAAAGAGCUGAAGGAAAAGCGUAGAACCGCCAAGCCUCAUGAUCCGCAAGCUAAUGGCAAUCUCCACCAACACGUGGAAAUCAAGAAUGAACCUCCUGAGUCUGGCAACGGCCCAAGACAGAACGGUGCCGACAAGAAGGACGAUGAGAAGGAGGAGAAGCAGCAAAGUCACAGCGACAAUCAGGCAAACGGGAACGCAUCUUCUGGUAGACCAGGCCAACAAGACCGUCGAGACACGAUGUCCUCUGUUGAAACCGCCACGACAGUCGACAAUCCUGUGGAAGACUACGCAAAUGAAGUCGGAGAGGGCGUUGGAAAGACCGCCCAGGCCCUGGCCCGAGCACCUGUCGAUCUCUCCAUGGCACUCGCCCAAGGCUUCCACAACGCUCCGCGACUCUACGGCGACGACACAGUUCGCCGUCCUCCCCGCGUGACCGGUAUCCGCUCCGGCCUCAAAGCAGCUGGUAAGGAAUUUGCAUUUGGUAUUUACGAUGGCACUACUGGCCUAGUUCGUCUUCCUGUACGGGGCGCAAAGAAGGACGGCGUCAAGGGCUUCGUUAAAGGUACCGGCAUGGGCCUUACUGGCUUCGUCCUCAAAGACCUCAGUGCCAUCAUCAGCCCCUUUGGAUACACCCUCAAGGGCAUCGUCAAGCAAACAGAACGCAAAAAGCAGCCUGACAGAGUCGUCCGGCGGGCACGCAUAGUGCAAGGUCAACGCGAGAGGCGGCAACUUGGGGACCACAAGAAGGAGAUCGAUGAGGAGGUCCUUUCGGGAUGGUUCGUAAUCCGAGAGCUCAUGGAGACUCUGGAAUUAGAGGAGAAGAAGAAGGGAAUUACGGGACGACUUACGUCCAAGAAGCAGCGUGUCAACCACGCCGCCUUCGAAAGCGUCGCUAUCGCUGAACGUACUCUUGUUGCCAUAAAAAAUGGCGAGGACAUGAGUACAGUCGUCGGCACGGAGAAGGAGCUGCGUAAGACGGAUGAGAAGCGCAAGAGUCCCGUCCCGAGACAUAGUGUUGACACGGGGCGGUCCGCAGACAACGACGGCAGACGCAGCUCUUCUGAAAACGCGGGAGUUUCCAAAGAUGACAGCGCUCUUCUCGAAAAUCGGAAGAACGAGGCGGCGCAAGAUGUUCGACGACCGAGCGUUGAUCGCACGAGGUCGUUGCAGGUCUAG